CCGGCCCCGCGCCGGAACCUGCGCUCGCGGUCUGAGGUCGCCUGGAAGAAGCCCAGUGCCGUUGCCGGUCUCCGUCCUCCAUGGCCGCCACGCUGCUCGUCCGGGCCUGCGGCCCCAUCCGCGGAACUCUCCGGCCUCGGGACUGGUGUUGCUUACAUACCAUCUACCAGUCUGUGGAACUGCCCGAGACACACCAGAUGCUUCGUCAGACGUGCCGGGACUUUGCUGAGAAGGAGCUCUUUCCCAUCGCGGCCCAGGUGGACAAGGAACAUCGCUUCCCGGCGGCUCAGGUGAAGAAGAUGGGUGAGCUGGGGCUCAUGGCCAUGGAUGUGCCCGAGGAGUUUGGCGGUGCCGGCCUCGAUUACCUGGCCUACGCCAUUGCCAUGGAGGAGAUCAGCCGGGGCUGCGCCUCCACUGGAGUCAUCAUGAGCGUCAACAACUCCCUCUACUUGGGGCCUAUCCUGAAGUUUGGCUCCAAGGAGCAGAAGAAGCAGUGGGUCACUCCUUUCACCAGUGGCGACAAAAUUGGCUGCUUUGCCCUCAGUGAACCAGGGAACGGCAGCGACGCGGGGGCCGCUGCCACCACUGCCUGGGCAGACGGUGACUCGUGGGUCCUGAGUGGCACCAAAGCCUGGAUCACCAACUCCUGGGAGGCCUCGGCCGCCGUGGUAUUCGCCAGCACGGACAGAUCCUUGCAGAACAAGGGCAUCAGUGCCUUCCUGGUUCCCAUGCCAACGCCUGGGCUCACGCUAGGGAAGAAGGAAGACAAGCUGGGCAUCCGGGCCUCAUCCACUGCCAACCUCAUCUUCGAGGACUGUCGCAUCCCCAAGGACAACCUGCUGGGGGAACCGGGGAUGGGCUUCAAGAUUGCCAUGCAAACCCUGGACAUGGGCCGCAUCGGCAUCGCCUCCCAGGCCCUGGGCAUCGCCCAGGCUGCCCUCGACUGUGCUGUGAACUACGCCGAGAAUCGCACGGCCUUCGGGGCGCCCCUCACCAAGCUGCAGGUCAUCCAGUUCAAGUUGGCGGACAUGGCCCUGGCCCUGGAGAGUGCCCGGCUGCUGACCUGGCGCGCUGCGGUGCUGAAGGAUAACAAGAGGCCUUUCAUCAAGGAGGCCGCAAUGGCCAAGCUGGCUGCAUCGGAGGCCGCAACUGCCAUCACCCACCAGGCCAUACAGAUCCUGGGUGGCAUGGGCUACGUGACAGAGAUGCCAGCCGAGCGGCACUACCGUGACGCUCGCAUCACUGAGAUUUAUGAAGGCACCAGUGAGAUUCAGAGGCUGGUGAUCGCCGGGCACCUGCUCAGGAGCUACCGGAGCUGAACCCUCGGUAGGGCCGACAGUGCCUGCCGGCAUCCGGGCUGGCCUGAGGACCAGGGGAAAGUGGGCAGGAGCCACGUGGCCUUCCCCCUGACUCCCUGUCAAGGCCUGUGGGGCAGAAGGGUGGGGGCCACGCCCCCUCUCGCCAGGGUCCCCAGACCCAGUCUUCUGGGUGGACCUGCCGCCCUCAGCUCUAUCCGCCCCAGACUGAGCUGCCUGGGAGAAAGGAAGAGCCGGGCUGUGGUCUGAGGAUGCCCGUCCUCAGCUCAGGUUCUUGGCUUUGUUCCCUCUCCACCACCGACUGUGCCUUAUUCUCUUCAUCUGGAGGCUGGGCCGUGGGAAGGGAGAAAUUACCACUUGGGGACUCCCCAGUUCUUUUCUGUGGGCCCUGGCGCUUAGUGUGAGACCCAGCGUCCUCUUUCCUCUGAGGUCAGGAGUCUGGAGGAGUGGGGUGCGGUGGGGGCCCGGAAUGACCAGGCCUCGAAGCAGAAGUGUUCUCUCAGGCCCUGUAGCCUCGGGGCUGGGUCAUUGUGGAAGCUGCCCUGCAUCCCAUUAACCUGUUCUUUGUAAAGUAUAAAUGAGUGCAGGUGGGUGGUCUGAUUCGUGCUGUGGGAUGAUCACCUGUGGGAAGUAAGUAAUAAAGCAUACCUGUCCCCUGA